AUGGCAGAAACUGCAGCGUCCUUGGCCGGUCAGUAUUUGCUUCCUAAAAUUUUGGAAGCUUUGAAAAUGCUUAGAGAUCUCCCAAAAGAAGUUGCAGACAUUACAGAAGAACUGGAGAGCUUUCAAGAUUUCAUCAAUGAUGCAGAUCAAGUGGCUGAAGCUGAAGAAGAUGAUGGUAGGCGUGAUAGAAUCAAAAAAAGGGUGAUGCGGUUGAGAGAAGCAGCUUUCCGCAUGGAAGAUAUCAUCGACGAAUUCUCGAUUCAUGACGAAAACAAUCCUCACGAUCCUCGAUGUGCAGCUUUACUCUGUGAGGCUGUUCAGUUCAUCAAAACUCGGAUCCUUCAACUUCAAGUAGCAUAUAAGAUUCAGGAUGUGAAAUCACUUGUUUGUGCUGAAAGAGAUGGCUUCCAAAAGCAAUUUCCUUUACCAACAAAACCGAGUGGUUCUAGAGGAAAUCAGAAUGUCACAUGGCACAAGCUUCGAAUGGAUCCUCUAUUUAUUGAGCAAGAUGAGGUUGUGGGCUUUGAGAGUCCAAGACGUACGUUGAAGAAUUGGUUGAUAGAGGGACGAGAAGAGCGCACUGUCAUCUCUGUUGUUGGUUUGGCAGGAGUUGGAAAAACCACUCUUGCUAAGCAAGUUUUUGACAAUGUCCAUAACGACUUCGAGUGCCAUGCAUUGAUCACUGUGUCUCAAUCCUACACUGUAGAAGGACUGCUGAGGGAUAUGCUGCACCAGUUUUGUAAAGAAAAGAUGGAGAAUCAUCCUGCAGAUGUUUCUACCAUGGAUCGAAGAUCGUUGAUUGAAGAAGUCAGAAAGCAGUUGCGCAACAAGAGGUAUGUUGUCAUGUUUGAUGACGUGUGGAAUGAAAAAUUUUGGGAUGAUGUUGAAUCUGCUGUAAUUGAUAAUAAAAAUAAAAGUAGAAUAUUAAUUACAACCAGAUAUGAGAAGGUUGCAGACUUCUGGUCAGACGCAGAAGGAAGAGCUUCAAGAGGAGUAGAAGCUGCUAUUGGUGUAUUUAUCCGCAGACGCAAAUGGCCAAUUGUUGCAAGAGGACGAUGGUUGUUGUUGAAAGGGAAGGAUGAGUUGGACGUUCUUCAGAUUGGGGUAUUCAUAAGUCACAUAAGGCUCAACUCUGCAGAGCAUAUUCACUGUGGUUUUGUUGACUUUGGGAAAUUUACCAUUAAGUAUCUGUCUUAA